UCAAAGCUGAACACUGGGUCUGGAUACCCCAGGUCUGCUGGUAGUGAGUUCCCGUAGAGACUGUUCUGAAACCUGCUUAUUAGCCGCGGGAAUGAAGUUUUUAUUGUGGAGAUGUCUGUAGAUUAGGGGAGAUGUUGAGGGCGUUUGUGCUGGCGAUCCUGUGCUGUGUUCAUGUGGCGUCGGGUGAAGGAAGCCACUCCCUGCGCUAUUUCUACACAGGGACCUCUGGAAUGACAGAGUUCCCUGAGUUUGUGAUGGUGGGGAUGGUGGAUGAUGUGCAGAUUGAUUAUUACGACAGCAAGAGCAAGCAGAACGUCCCCAAACAGCAGUGGAUGAAGGACAAUAUGGAACCAGGAUACUGGGAGACACAGACUCAGAUAUGCCUCGGUGCCGAGCAAAUUUUCAAACGGAAUAUUGGAAUCGCAAUGCAGCGCUUCUACCAGACUGGAGGAGUUCACACAUGGCAGCACAUGUACGGCUGUGAGCUGGAUGAUGACGGGACCAAGCGGGGGUUUGAUCAGUACGGAUACGAUGGGGAGGAUUUCAUCAUCUUCGAUAAGGACACCCUGACCUGGACUGCUGCCAGCCAGCGUGCUUUCAACACGAAACUGAAGUGGGAUGCUAGGAGUGCCAUGAAUCAGGACUGGAAGGUCUAUCUGGAGGGCAGGUGUAUCGACUGGCUGCAGAAGUACGUCCAGUACGGGAGGGAGACUCUGGAGAGGAGAGUUCCUCCUGCAGUGACUCUGCUCCAGAGGAAAGCUCGUGGAUCUGCAGAUACGGAGGUCCUGUGUCAUGUGACAGGGUUCUUCCCCCGCGCUGUGGAGGUGACCUGGGUCAGAGACGGGCGGGAUCAGCUGGAGGAGUGGGUGCAGAGUGGGGAGGUGCUGCCCAACCAGGACGGGACCUACCAGAUGAGAAAGAUCCUGACAGUGAGCCCUGAGGAGCAGGGGAGACACAGCUACUCCUGCCAGGUGGACCACAUCAGCUUCACUGAGAGACAGAACUACAACUGGGUGCCUGAGAGCGGCCUUCCUAUUGGGAUCAAUGCUGGAGUCAUAGUGGGUGUACUGGCUCUGGCUGCAGUGAUCAUUGGAGUGGUGAUCUGGAAGAUGACGAGAUGCCCAGGAGUCACACUACACCCCAGCUCCAAGCUCCGACACUUCCUCUGACACCGCCGCUCAUGCCUGAGGAGUGUGACUCCACUGCAGAGAGAAUCAGCGACUCUGCAGAGAUUUCAUCUUUUACAAUCCUUCAUACGCAAUACUGCAUUAUGCAUUUAUACAACAUGACAUUGUAAUGGGAUAAGACAACCCAUUUAACAGGGUGCUGCUGUAAUCAUUCAGUUCUAUUGUAAGAAAUACUAAUAGUCACUAGUUAACAACGGGGGGUAGCAUGGAAAGAAAGACAUAAUUAGUGAGGCCGGAACGCUGAGCGCAGGGAUCUCUUUGAAAAUGUGCAGACAGCAAAUAAAGUAAACUAAAAGACAAACAAUGAGGUUACUUACCUUUUAGCUCUCAUUUUUCGAAAUGCAAAACUAAAAGAAUCAUAUUUGCUGAUAUUCUU